UUUGUUCGUCAAAUUGAUCAUUCGACUAUCAUCAUUGUGAUUAUCAAAUUUCAUUUUCAAAACAAUUCGAAAAAUUUACAAUGAACAAUGAUGGCUGCUGAUACUAUUCAUAAAAUGAUAAUUUUUGGAUUUAUAUUUCCAUUUUAUGCAAUUGAUAGCUUGAAAAUAUUACAUUCAUCAAUUCCACAAAUGAUUGAUGCAACAAAUCUAUCAUCAUCAACAGCGAUAACACUCGAUUGUUCAUAUAGUUAUGAUUCUGGUGAUAUAAAAUUGGUAAUACGUUGGUUUCAUAAUGAUUCACCUGAACCAGUUUAUCAAUGGAUACCUGAAUCAAAUAUCCGAUACGUUAGUGAAUUGAUACGGCCAUAUUUUGAUCAUAAUUUUACUAUAAAUAAUGAUAAUUAUUCCAAAUAUCGUGCAUUACGUUUGAAUCUUUUACAACUGCAACAACAACGGUUAUUACAAAUACAAUUAUUAUCCGGUAAUUAUACAUGUGUUAUAUCAUCGAUUGCUAAUCAAGAUAGUCGACAAAUUCAAUUGAUAAUUUAUGUGCCUCCACGUUUAUUUGAAUUUCAUUUUAUUGAAUUAAGUGCCAAUCAUAUUGCCCUAGAAUGUUUAAUCGAAAAUGUUUAUCCUGAACCACAAAUGUUGUUGUUAUUUUCGAAACAAAAUCAUCAUUCAAAUUAUCUUGAAUUAUUGUCGUCAUCGAUUAAUAUUACUCACAAUGAAAAUUGCAAUAAUAAAAUGACGGACGAUUCUUGUCAAUCACUGUUAUAUAAUGCAUCCAUUCAACAUUCAAUCGAUUCAAUAUUAACAGCUGGAACAAUUUAUGAAUGUCGUAUUAAACUUCGUGGAACUUAUUAUGUUCGAAAGAAAAGAAUUAAAAUUAUAUUUCCCACAAAUUAUGAUGAUGAUCGAAUGAAAUCUACGAAUCUGAUUCGAAUGUCGAAUGGCGACAACAACAACAAUCGAUUAUCAUUAUUAUUUCUUCAUUUCAAG